CCGCCAGUCUCCAGUCGGCAGGCAACACUCACACUCACCGGUGAGUCACGCGGGUCGCCGUUACUCCUUGUAGACUUACAUCUUUACCGGAAUACAAGACUGACUCCCAACAACUUCACCAUCGACUAGACGUAUAAGCUUACAUGGAGCAACCCGAGGAAGAGAAAACAAAUGAAGAGUCGCCAUAUUGAGACACCACUGGUAACUUUUAGUCUGACGGGAGUUCCUUCUCGUGCACUUCACAAUGGAGACGGAAAUGGGUUACCUGGACGAGGCUCGGGAGACUGAACCUUUGCUGCCCUCAAAAUCCUUCGGGAAAUUUAAAUCUCCUCGCUCUGUCUCUUUCAAGCGGGAAGGUUAUGGCCUCAGUCCAAGGAAGCUGAAUGACUAUGGCACUCCCAGCACGUGCAGAGGAGAGGAGAACAUUACGCUUACCUGGCGAGACCUUAGCGUGUAUGUGGCGCAGAAAAAGACACGGUUCUUCAAAUUCCUAAACCGGGACCAACCGCUCAAGAAAGUCAUUUGCAACGUUUCUGGUGUUAUCGAAAGUGGAACGCUCACGGCAGUGAUGGGGGCAAGUGGAGCAGGGAAGUCCAGCCUCCUGAGUGCCCUGGCGCAUGGGAGUGGUGGCGGGUUGGUCGUGGAUGGGCAGGUUUGCAUCAAUGGUCACAAGAUGAGCAAUGCUAAGAGUUCUGGGUUCUCCUACCUGCGCCAGAAUGACCUGUUUUUGGGAACGAUGACUGCCAAGGAGCACCUGACUUUUAUGGCUCAGUUAAAGAUGGACCGCCACACCACUCAGGAGCAGCGGGAUGCCAAAGUCAAGGAACUGCUGAGGGACAUGGGACUUACGGAAGCACAGAACACACGCAUCGGGAUCCCAGGGAGUGACAAGUCUCUGUCUGGUGGUGAGAGGAAGCGACUGGCAUUUGCAGCAGAGAUAGUGACCAGCCCUCCACUCUUGUUCUGUGAUGAGCCCACCACAGGCCUGGACUUCUUCAGUGCAAAGAAGUUUAUGGAUAUAAUGAAGGACAUGGCGGCUCAAGGCAAGACCAUCAUGUGCACCAUUCACCAGCCGUCGUCUGAGCUUUUCUCCAUUUUUGACAGGCUGCUGCUCCUGGCUGAGGGACGGCUGGCUUACAUGGGCUCGUCUCUUGGCGCGAUGUACUUUUUUGAAAGCCUGGGCUAUAAGUGUCCUGUGACUUUCAAUCCUGCUGACUUCUACAUCAACACCCUGGCAGUCCUUCCUGGCUCUGAAACCACUUCCUUUGAACGCAUUGAAAGAAUAUGUGACAGCUAUGCCAAGUCUGUCUAUUGCAGGGACGUGAAGGUGACUAUUGGGCUCCAAGAUAACUUGCAGACCAGGAAUACAGAAUCUGGGGGCAAUCAUGUGGAGCAAUUGUUCUUCAGAAAUGUUCCGGAGAAGCCUGGCUGGUGCACCGAGUUCAGAUGGCUCCUGUGGCGCUCACUGCUUAACUCCUACAGGAACCCGGCCAUCCACUACACAAGGCUUGGCAGGAAUGUUACAGUUGCCCUGGUGGUUGGCUUGACCUUCUUCAAUGUGCCGCUGACCCAGGCUGGCAUUCAGGACAUCCAAGGGGCAUUCUUCGUGAUUGUUAUGCAAAGUUGUAAUGCUGCGCUCAUGAGCAUCAUGUACGUCCUGCCACAAGAGAUGCCAGUGUUCUUGCGGGAGUACAAAGACGGCACCUACCACUCUAGUGCCUACUAUAUCUCCAAGACACUCUCCCUGAUACCUGGCUACAUCAUAGAGACAGUGCUGCUCUGCUUCAUAUGCUACUGGAUGGUGGGUUUCCACUUCAGUUUUAUCAUAAUGGUGCUCAUUUUCAUCUGUACCACCAAUACAGCAUCUGCGUGUGGAUUAAUGGUGUCGACCCUAUUCGGGAACUUUGGCACCAGUAUGGCUGUGUUAAUGCUGAUCAAUAUUUCUUUAUUUGCCACAAGUGGAAUCUUCAGUGAUAUCAACUCCUUGCCGUGGUUCAUUGGGUGGCUGAAGUAUCUGUCCUGGUACAGGUAUGGUGUGGAGGUGCUCACUGUCAUCCAGUGGUCAGGCAUCACUAACAUCACGUGUGAGAUGCCACCUGGAGUCCCGUGCAUCACCACAGGAGAGGAGGUGAUUCGGAAGUACUCUUUCCGUCCCUCAUAUGUGGCCAGCGACUUUGCAUUGGUGGUACUGAUCUGCUGCUGCCUCCACCUCUUGAGCUUCACUGCACUUCACUUAAGAGCAAAGCUGUCAUAAUAGAACAUGAAAGCAUGGUAAGCAUAGAGGGACUACUGUAACUCCUAUUGUUGGUUUAAGAAUCAGUAAGUUUUAUAUAUAGUUUAUAUAUAUAGUUUUCUGUUGUAUGGAGUAGUUAUAAUGGAGUAAGUGUAUUUUGAUUUCUGCAUUUGCUACUUGCCUUGUUACCAUUUUGUUAUUGGCAAGACAGACAGUUCACAUCCAUUUGUGCUCUGGUAUGGAUUAUGUCUUUCAACUUUGUGACACUGUGUGUGUGUGUGUGUGUGUGUGUGUGUAAAAUAAUAAUAAUAAUAAUAAUAUUCGGUUUAGUAAUCUCAUGUCUUUCAACCUUGUGUGUGUGUGUGUGUGUGUGUGUGUCUUAUUAAGGGCAAUAAUGGGUUGACACACUGUGCUAGUAUUGCAGAUCAUUUAUUGAUAAAUAAAUCUAAAGCUGUAUAAUGCUCAUGAGGACACACAACAGUAUUAGUUCACGGCUAAUCUAUGACAAGUUAAAAUGUGUCGUCUCAUGAAUAACUCUGAAUGGCUGAGGAGGACUUCAGUUUCACUAUUAGUGGUACUAAUCCUUGUAUAAUCAGGCACCUGAUUACAAUACAAUCACAGUUGAGCCAUUCAAAGUUUAUCAGUUUCCAAGCUACAGAACUUUCUGAACUAUACAAUAACAAAAACAGUUUCGUAUGAAAUCCUCAUAAUAAUCACAACAAAAAUGCAUCUAAUAACACAUUUGAGAACCAUGAUAAAUAGUUUUCUAGUGUUAUAUAAGUUAAAUACCGAAAUUCAACAGCAUUAUCUUAAAUGAGAUUAAGGUCUCACUUAAAAGUAUCUAUAGAUCCUAUCUGUCUCAACCUUGAUGCACAACAACAACAACCGAAAUGUUGCCAUGUAUAUAUGUAUAUGCAUAUAUAUGGAGCAGUAUGUAUAUACAAGUAUCGGUUCCACAAUGAUUGAUAUAACGUAAGGGCGUGCACAACCAGCAGACACACAAACGAAAGACAGGUGCACAUACUGAUCACACACACACAUAAAUAUGCAUAAAAUGGGAGAGUCAUGAAUCACAAGAACAUUAAAUUUUGCUGUUGGCAACUUGAAAGAGAGCAGAACGUGAGGCAAACGGGAGCAGUCUUCAGUACACCGAGGCUCAAAGUAAACCGUUGUGUUUCUCAAUGUACGAAUGACUGAACGCAACUCAUCAUGCAGAAGUCUUGAUGUUUUGGCUGAAAAGUCACAUCAACUUUGAUUUUUGACAGAAUUAAUGGAAUACAAAAAAAUCCAAAUAUAUAAUAAGCAGCCCUCUGCAUGCUUCUGCUUUGACAGACUGGAGAAGAUGAAGAAGUACACGGGACACCUAAAACAUUGAAUAUAAGCGUCAUCAUUGUUACACUACUGUCUUUGGGAAGGGGUGGGGGUGUCUGCCACCACUUCUUGGACUACAGUAAUAGUGGUGCUGCCCUGGAAUGAUAUGCAACUACUCAUUUACAAACAAUAUGAAAAUGAGCAAAUAAUAUCCUUUACGUAACCGAGGCUUCGCUGAUCUGUUCUUGAGUUGUAAUGUGACAGAAUUUGUAUGUUUAAUGGAACUGAGGUGCCACAAAUGUGAACUGUGUGACACUGCAUAAACUGGUAUCAAUUGCAUAUAGUCAAUAAUUAUUGUACGGUGUUUUCUAGAAUGAUGUAUGCGUCUUUGGUGAUAAAUACAUAUAAGAGUAUGAUAAUCAAAUAUGUUGCAUGAUGAUAUCCUUAAACAAUAAAAUAAAUAUCUCACUGA